UGCAUAUAUCAUUAUUUAAAUAUAUUGUAGAUAGGCCGUCGAUUGUUUUCUAUCCUCAUCGCUAUUCACUCAUCACCACUCACACAAAAGCAACUUUAAUUAGAAGAUGCCAUGGAUUCUGCAAGCUUCUUCUUCGUCUUCUUCUGCCUCAUCUUAUUCGUUGGCUCUGUGAAACCAGAUUCUUCUUCUUCGUCUUCGUCGCAGAAAGCAGAAGAAGGUGUGGGCUAUGGCUACACCAUUGGAAGUGUGAGCAGUGAUGUGUCGCGGAGAUCUUUGAUUGCCAUUCUUGAUCUCAUCAAGGCCUCCCCUGUUUUCGGACCUGAUAUUCCUCGUCUCUCCCUUGCAGCCAGUUUUGAGAGCAAAGAUUACGUCAGAGUAAGGAUCACCGACGCAGCGAAGCAAAGAUGGGAAAUCCCAAAAGAAGUGAUUUCUCGUCGUUCCUUUUUCCCUCACCGUUCUCUCUCUGUUCAAAAUCUGUCUUCCCGCCUCAACCGACAUCGCUCACAAUCACAACUUUCCUUGAUUCAUCCUAACUCAGACCUAAUCUUCACCCUCCACAACACCACCCCAUUUGGAUUCACGGUCACUCGCAAAUCCUCAAACGACGUCAUCUUCGACGCAUCCCCAAACCCAGAAAACUCAUCGACGUUUCUCAUCUUCAAAGACCAGUACCUUCAACUCUCUUCAUCGUUACCCAAAAAUAGGGCCUCUUUGUACGGUCUUGGAGAGCACACCAGAAGUUCCUUCAAGAUCCAACCCAAUCAGAUCCUUACAUUGUGGAAUGCUGACAUUGCUAGCUCCAAUCUCGAUCAAAACCUUUAUGGGUCUCACCCGUUUUACAUGGAUGUUCGUUCUCCUUCUGCUGUUGGAAGAGUCAAGGCUGGGACAACUCAUGGGGUUUUGCUGCUCAACAGUAAUGGAAUGGACAUAAUCUAUGAUGGUGAUCGUAUCACUUACAAGGUCAUCGGAGGGAUUCUUGAUCUUUACUUUUUUGCUGGACCCACGCCGGAGCUGGUGAUGGAGCAGUACACUGAGCUCAUUGGCCGCCCUGUUCCAAUGCCAUAUUGGUCCUUUGGCUUUCAUCAAUGUCGUUAUGGCUACAAGAAUGUAGGUGAGCUUGAGUAUGUCGUUGCUAAUUAUGCAAAAGCAGGCAUUCGCCUCGAAGUAAUGUGGACAGAUAUUGAUUACAUGGAUGGGUAUAAGGAUUUUACACUUGAUCCCAUCAACUUUCCACUAGAUAAGAUGAGAAAGUUUGUUAACGCUCUUCACCAGAAUGGUCAGAAAUAUGUUCUCAUUUUGGAUCCAGGUAUCAGUGUAAACAAGACAUAUGAAACAUUUAUUAGAGGUUUGCAGGAUGAUAUAUACAUAAAGCGUAGUGGAAUCAAUUAUUUGGGUGAAGUUUGGCCUGGGCUAGUUUACUUCCCUGACUUUUUAAAUCCACUCAGUCAAACAUUUUGGGGUGGGGAAAUCAAAUUAUUUCAUAACCUUCUUCCUUUUGACGGCCUUUGGCUUGACAUGAAUGAGGUAUCCAAUUUCAUCACUUCACCCCCCAUUCCAUUUUCUAACCUUGAUAACCCUCCUUACAAGAUCAAUAAUGCUGGAAUUCGACGACCUAUAAAUAAUAAGACAAUUCCAGCAACAUGUUUACACUACGGUAACAUCACCGAGUAUGAUGCGCACAACUUUUAUGGACUCAUGGAGUGCAAAGUGACACACAAGGCCUUAAUUGAUGCAAUUGGUAGAAGGCCAUUCAUUCUUAGUAGAUCAACUUUUGUAAGCUCAGGCAAGUAUACAGCCCACUGGACAGGAGAUAAUGCUGCUACAUGGAAUGAUUUGGCAUAUUCAAUACCGUCCAUCUUAAAUUUCGGAAUCUAUGGAAUCCCAAUGGUUGGAGCAGAUAUAUGUGGCUUCUCAGGAAAUACAACUGAAGAACUUUGUCGGCGUUGGAUCCAGUUAGGAGCCUUUUACCCCUUUGCAAGGGAUCAUUCAAGCAUAGGUACGAUUCAUCAAGAGCUUUAUAUUUGGCCUUCAGUUGCUGCAUCAGCUAGAAAAGUGCUUGGUCUUCGUUAUCGCCUUCUCCCUUACUUUUACACAUUAAUGUAUGAAGCGCAUGUAAAAGGGAUCCCAAUUUCGCGACCCCUUUUCUUUUCAUUUCCAGAGGAUGUCACAACUUACGAUAUAAGUUCACAAUUUCUUCUUGGUAAAGGAGUGAUAGUUUCGCCUGUACUAAAGCCAGGAGCAAUCACCAUCGAUGCUUAUUUCCCCAAAGGAAGUUGGUUUGACCUCUUCAAUAUGUCAAACUCAGUGACUGUCGAAACAGGAAGGAUUGUAAGGCUUGACGCGCCACCAGAUCACAUAAAUGUUCAUGUUCAUGAAGGGAAUAUUUUGGCUUUGCAAGGUGGAGCCAUGACAACAGACGCUGCACGCAAGACACCAUUCGAACUUUUGGUUGUUGUUAGUCUCAGCCAAAACAGUUCUGGGCAAGUAUAUUUGGAUGAUGGGGACACAGUUCACAUGGGGGUACGGAAAGGACAGUGGACACUGGUAAAAUUUUAUGGUGCAUUACAAAAUAAUAGCGUUUUUGUUUCAUCUGAAGUCACAAAUGGGAGGUUUGCUCUUGACCAAGGGUGGAUCAUAAAUAGAGUAAUUUUCUUAGGGAUACCUAAUGGAACGAGUUUGAACAGCAGGAGCUGGAAAACCAAACAGGUGAGCAUUUCGAAAGGAUCAAACACUGAACAGGCAGUUGUGAAGGGACAAUAUGAGAGUUCCAAUCAGUUUAUUAUCAUUCAAGUUUCUGAAUUGUCUCUUCUUAUUGGAGAGGAAUUUGAGUUAGAAAUUGUAGUUCCCUGAAUGGAAUUUGAUUAAAAUCAUACUUGGUGGCACAUGGCUGUGCAUUUUCCCAUUGCUUGAACAUCAGUGACGCUCUGAAUUUGUUAGCUUAUGCUUUCAAAAUGGAUAGAUAGUAAAUCUUGUUAUCAGAAUGGUUAUGGAUCUCAAAUAAUUUUCUAUUCU